CUCCGCGGAGCCGCAGUCCUCCCGGAGUCGCCGUCGUCGUCGGAGCUGCGCACAGGGCAGGUGUUUGGGCGGAGCGUGGAGGUGACCGCAAGUCUCCGCAGGCCGACCGACAGUCUGCGCGCGCGCGCUCGCUCCACGUGUCGAGAGCCGUCGAGCGGACGUGCCGGGCGCGCCUGGAUGGACGGUAGCUGCUGAGGCCCCGCAGCGACAUGGAGCUCCGCCAGCUCGAGGCUCCCCAGAGGACCGCCGUGUGCGUGAGGCGCGCCUGCAAGCGGUACGGCAGCGUCCCGGUGCUGCGCGACUUCAGCAUGACCGUCGCAGAGGGCACCAUCUACGCUCUGCUCGGAGCCAGCGGCUGCGGGAAGACCACCCUGCUGAGCUGCCUGGUGGGGCGGCAGCAGGUGGACUCGGGCCAGGUUUGUGUGCUGGGCGUGGAGGCCGGGCGGCACGACCACACAAUAUCCAAGAGCUCGAUCGGCUACAUGCCGCAGGACGUAGCUCUUUACGACACCUUCACGAUCAAGGAAACAAUGCUGUACUUCGGGUGGAUUUUCGACAGAAAAAGCAGAGAUGUAGAAGAGAAUCUCCAUUUCUGGUUGGAACUCCUUCAGCUGCCACAAAGAAAUACGAAAGUAAAGAAUCUGAGCGGCGGGCAGAAGAGGCGGCUGUCGCUGGCCACGGCGCUGCUGCACGGGCCGAGCCUGGCCGUGCUGGACGAGCCCACCGUGGGGCUGGACCCCUUGCUGCGUGACGUCAUCUGGAGGCACCUGCUGCACCUCAGCGGCGCCCGCGGCACGACCAUCGUCAUCACCACGCACUACAUCCAGGAGGCGCGCCAGGCGCACACGAUCGGACUGAUAAGGAACGGCUGCCUACUGGCUGAAGAAUCUCCAGGAUCUCUUUUGCGGAGACAUCAAAGUGACUCGCUGGAAGAAGUGUUCGUUCUACUCAGUCUACAACAGGAGCAGAAUAAACGCUCACAGGAUGAACUCCCAACAUCUGAGGAACAUGACAAUGAAGAAAUUCAGAGGAUAUAUGACAUCAACAAUACGGAUUACUCCGACAAAAUGAAUUUUCCAGAAAUAAAGAAAAUAGGAAAAUCGAGGAACCUCAUUUCCACCGGAAGGAUGUCGGCCCUACUCUACAAAAACUGCACGAGCUUGUGGAAGGACCAAUGGCUGAUGCUGUACCUGUUCGGCCAGUGCCUGUUCCUGCCCACGAUCGUGUACUACGCCUUCAUUGGCUUCCCCGAGUUGCUGACCUUAGCCGUGGUGAACCACGAUCGCAACUCCAGCGGGUCGCCUGGUCGCUGCGGCGGUGACGACGGGUUGCCGCUCGAGCACGGCUCGUGUGAGCUCGCCGACCUGGGCUGCCGGUUCACCAGGCUACUUGGGGCUCCGCAUUUCACUACCGAGUUGUUCAGCGACCGGCAGCUGGCGGCGGAGGCGGUGCGCCGUGGCAGGGCCUGGGGCAGCCUCUACUUCAAUGAGAACUACACCUCCGCCCUGGCCGAGCGGGCCCGGCCAGACGUCGCCCCUUCAGACGACACGGUCGAGCAGAGCAACGCGCUGGUGCGGCUGGACAUGACGGAUUUCAUAACGAGUCAUUACUUGCAAGCGCAGCUGUUUAGAAAAUAUCAAACAUUUAUGCAGGAAAUUGCUGAAUCGUGUGGUUACAAUCCAAAAUUGGUACAUCUACCUCUACGGGUAAAAGAAUCCGUGUACGGCCAUAUGAUACCAAGGAAUAUUGACCAGUUUGGAGGGCCGUUCAUUAUUUUUAUUGUGUACUUCCUGGGUGUCGCCUUAUCCACACCCAGUAUAGUUUUCGAGCGAAGAGAAGGACUCCUCGACAGAAAUAUUGUAGCUGGCAUCACAACGCUGGAGAUAGUUCUGGCCCACUUCCUGGCGCAGUUUGUCGUGCUGGCCUGCCAAAUAAUGGUGCUGGAGGUCUUCGCACUCAACGUGUUCCAGCUGGAGUGCAUCGGCAAUCCCGUGCUGUUGUGGUGGCUGAGCAUGGUGGUGGGCGCGUCAGGCAUGCUCCUAGGUUUCGCCAUAUCAGCAUUCUGCCAGUGUGAGAUGGCCGCAGCGUUGCUAGCGAACGGUUGCGUGAUGCCCCUUCUGCUAAUGAGCGGGAUAUUGUGGCCGCUGGCGGGCUUGCAUCCCUCUCUGGCCACCGCGUCUCCGUGGCUGCCGCUGACGCUGCCCGUCGAGGCGGUGCGGUCCAUCACGUCACGGGGGAUGUCCAUGGCGCACCCGAAGGUCUAUGCUGGCUUCGCGGCUUCCGGUGGCUGGUGCCUGCUCUUCGUCGCGCUGGUCGCCGUCUCCAUCAGGUUCAACAGGCUGUAGCCCGGUGUCGCAUUGCGGGAACUCAUCAACAGACACAUCCCCGAGCGCGACAUCUCUGCCCAGUUCAUCAGGAGUUACAUCAAUGAUCAUGUCAAGCUUGGCUCUUGGCAUUCAGCGGCUAGUGUAGUCGAUUCCUACCGUCCUACGUCAUCUCUGUUCAAAGCAGCAUAACCCUCGAUGGGAGUUACAUCAACGACUAGGUCUAUGGAUGAUUAUUGAUGUUCAAUGGUAGGUGCAGUCAAUACCUACCAUUCAGUGUCAUCUCUGACGAUUUCAAGUACUCUCGACAUGAGUUACAUCAAUAAUCAUGCCAUCUUUGGCUCUCAGCGUUCAAUUGCUGGUGCAUUGGAUUCCUACCAUCCUGUGUCAUAUCUGUUCAUUUCAACAUACCCUUGACAUGAGGUACGUUAAAAAAACUUGUCAUAUUUGACUCUUGGUGUUCAGGAGCUGGUGAAGUCAAUUCCUGCCAUCCUGUGUCAUCUCCAAUCAGUUCAACAUAGCCUCAACAGUGAUUAUAUCAAUGACCAUGUCAUGCUUGGCUCUUGGCGGCUGUUGAAGUCGAUUCCUACCGUCAUGUGUCAUUUACGCCUAGUUCAAUGUACCCUUGACAGAAUUUACAAUAAUACCCAUAUCGAGCUUGGCUGUUGGUGUUCAGUGGCUGGUACAAUAUAUUCCUAACUUCUUGUGCCAUCUUCAUCCAGUUCAAUAGAACCUUUGAAAGGUUUUAUUAAUUACACUGGCACUUUAGGCAGCUGGUGUUCAGUGGCUGUUGUCUAAUUAUUCCGCUCUGUAUCAUUACUACCUAGCUGACCAUACGAUGAACAGCUUUCACUUCUUGGAGAAUGAUUUUUUUUGGUUCUUUCCAUUCAGUAGCUGGAUUUUUCUGUCUCUAUUACUUUGUUACCUCCAAUAAGUUCAAUGCAUGCUAGCUGUUACAACAAAAGUCAUUAGUAUGAGAGCCUUACAAGUUGCACAGAACACGUGAUAGUGGGUCCCCAUGGUUACGCGAACUCGCUACAUUCAUUGGAUGGUAUAUUGGGUACCUGCUCCUCUGUGUCAUCUCCAUUAAGUUAAACAGAUACUCCAUAGAGUUUCUUUGUUGUGUCGGAUUCCUGCAUUCAGCGACUGUUGUGUUUGUAGUUCAAUGCUUUGUGUCACAUUCAUUCAGCUCAGCAUAGACUUGACAGUUUAUACGUAACAAAAAUGCCAUGCUUGGCUUACAUGUUAAGCGGGUGGUGUAUUUGAUUCUUACCACUGUGCUAUAUCUCAAUAAAUUUCGGCUGUCACGUUAUUACGGUAUUAAACUGCUUGCAAUGUUUUCAUCAUAGUGUGUACUGUCGAUAAUAUGGACAUUUACCAUAUCGUGUUUAUGUGAAAGGUAUCAUUAGACAAUAUGCAGACUAAACACAGAUUCCAUAAACAUCUUAAGCCUAAUAAUAAAUUAUAUAAAAGUAUUAUAUUUGGGUGGUUAAAUGUUAUAAGCUAAGUGGAGAAACUAUAGUUUGUGCUUCGAUGAGCAUUUAUUAUGUCAUGAAAUAUUCAUACAUAAUUAUAUAUAGUGGCAAAAUAAACAUACGAAGGUCAAGAUGGGCAAAAAGUGAGAAUUUGUUUUGCUUACUUCGUUACAGAAAAUGACAUGUUUUUAUAUUAAUUUUAAAGUUAUUAUGAAAAACAUUUUAUGCUAGCUAAUGCCCAAAAUAAGUUUUUAAUCUCACAGUUCAAUUUUUUAAGAUCAUGUUGCGAUAAUUUGUUAAGCUGCACUAUUAGAUUCAAAUAAUAUUUUAAUUUAUUUUUUAGUUUUACAUACAAUAUUUAUAAUGAGUUCGUUUAAAACACAAAUGUUCAUUUCAAAAUAAUGAAAAGAUUAUGCAUUUAGCUUCUGCUGCAAUGCUAAUUUGUCUUCCCUUUUGAAUGUCAUCUGGAAUGUUUAUCACUCAUUUUUUACCCUUUUAGUGAUUUAUACGAUGAAAUGAUCAAACGAAGAAAAUUUGGUUAUUACAUGAUUUCAGUUACUGUUUAACAUUUGUUUUUGGGAUAGUUUAUGCUGGAGUGUUUUUUUACUUACUGAAAUGUAAAUAAAGUGUUAUUAAAUAUAUAGACAUACA